ACUCUUUGCUUCGUCGUAGAUAUCUAAACUAUUAUAAACAAAGGUCAAACUUGUCAAGCCCAUUUUUUUAUACAAGGCAUGUACAUGCUGCGAUUCUUCGUACACGGUUUUCAGUCGCAUCAGAUUUUGAGAAGACGCCUAUAUCCAAUACACGUACACAAAUCGGCCCGAAUCGUACCACGUUAUACUUGAUCCCUCGCUUCCUUUAAUUUUUGUCCCGCCACCCCCCCUCAGAGCUCGUACUAGUGGCGUUCUACUGUUUUCCUCUCUGCGCGUAUCGAUAUUAUAGUGUCUAACAAUAGAUUUGAUAAGCACACGAUGCUUGGAUUGUUGACGUCUCUCACUACCAUUACCGAAUACCCAUGAUUCUCUAUGUGCCUACUUUGGCAACAACUUGUACUUGGAUUGCUACGGGUCUGGCGGACAUUAAGGGCUUGUUACACACACUGUACAGCGGCUAGCGUGGGGCAUGACCAGAUAUGAGGGUACUAUGCGGCUGUGUCUUCUUGUCGAACGCCAUUAUUUUGAUCGGUGGUAGUAUGAUGCUAGGCCUAGCCAUAUGGGUGACGUCAGAGGAAACUGAAUACAACCACGUUACAGGGAACCUGGCUGCAAGUAUCACAUAUAUAGCCAUGUCAUCCAUUCUCUUCAUCACCGGUUGUCUUGGAGUAUGCGCGCUACUGUACAUGAAUCCAUGCCUUCUCAAAACCUAUUUUUCCUUUAUGCUUAUUCUCGUCGUGGCGGAGGUAACCAUUGCUGUUUACCUCCUCAUUGAGAAAGAUAAGAUUGAGGAUUACAUCACCUCCAACUGGAACAAUACAGAUGACGAGACGCGGAUACUUAUACAAACCAAGCUCCUGUGCUGUGGCAUGAAGCCGCUGACCACUAGUCAUUCGUCAUCAAGCGACAAGUCGUGCUAUGAGGGCAUGAACAAAGCAACCGGCACAAGGCUAACGGAUUGUUACAGUAAAUUGACACAGUGGAUCCAAAAUAACUACGUGGUUUUGGCGAGCGUUGCCGUUGUUGUUGCAGUCGCAGAGCUGUUUAUUCUGGCGAGCACCUGCAGGUUGCUGUCAAAGACAGAGUCGAACGACAGACAAAUCAGGCAGGUCAAAGUGGCUCCCGCACCAAACACAUCAACCAUGAAACAAACAUACGGCAACACAAAGAGAGAAGCAUCUAGGCCUCGUGAAAUUACCUCCCAAGAACAGAGUGAUGGACAAAUGGUGCUGGAAGAUGAGGCACCACGUAAGACAAGGAGGGAGUGGGCGAAAAAAGGACACAGACACAGAUAGGUGAACUUCCUGGAGUGGCUACAGCAUUGAAUGUUUUAUAGCUAUAACAUACUCCAAUCGAACACACGCCCCUACUGGCUCCACCAAGAUCUGUGCCUGUGGUGAACUACAAAUCAAAUGUUAUGAGAGACACUGCUGUCACAUGUUGUGUUUGAGAGCAACAAAAUUCUGGUUUAUAGACAGCUCCUUCGGAAAACACCAAUUUCGCUUCCCGAUCAAGAUCCUCAUAAAACAAACUGUUGUUUUCCUUGUGAGCAGUCAUUGAAGUGUAAAAUCUAAAUACAGCUGUGCAUAGGGAGUUUUCCUUGGGACAUGUUAAGAGUAAAAACUUUCUCAUUAUUUCAAGAGAACCACAAAGAUUCAUGUACAUACAGACUAGCCUCCAUGUCUUUUCUACAGAUAGUUAGAAGUAAACUGAGAGCCACGGUUAAGACAUGGUAUAACCAGUCUUUGUUUGUAAAGGAUUUGAGUCCAAACAACAGCCGCAAAUAGCAGCCAUUGUACAUAUUUUUUUUUUAGACCAAAGCUAUUUAUACCUACAUUGUGUAGUAGUUUUAAAAGAGAUACUUGCAAUAAAGAUACUUGGGGCAGUGGCUGGGCAGGUCAAACCCUUAUAACUCUUAGCCAAGAUCACGUUAAAUUAUAGCCUACGUAUCAAGCAUUUCUUGACAAGCCUCACCAAGUACAAGCCAAACUCAGGAUAAUUAAAUUGUAUUUAUAUUAACGAAAUUCCUAUGUCGUUUGUUUUAAAGCUGGAAGGGAGGGUAGGGAGCGUUAAAUAGAGGGGGGCAUUUAUUUGAGAGGGGUUCAUUACAAACUUGUAAGCUUGGGGGGAGGGUGUUCAUUAGAUAGUGGGGCAUUUAUUAGAUCAUUUACAGUAAGUAUGAAAACGUAAGAAGACUCUUGAUAAGCUCCUCCUAUUCUACACAUUCCCCUUAUUGUCCCUUGGGUCCCUUGUGACUAUUAUUUGUACCUUUUUAUGUUUUCCUUCUUUCAUUCUCUGCAAACCAGCCAUGAUAGUCAAAUUCAGGAAAGAAAAACUCAAUUUCUUUUCUUGCUGAUUCAUCUGAGUCUGAACAAACAAUAAGUUACAUUAAUAACAAUUAAAAAAAACCUUAUAAUAGUAAUCUGUUUGAAGUGUCAAACUCUGAAGUAGCUAAUAGCAACUUUUCUUAGUUUGAAUCAUUAAUGAAAGAUCCCUAUUCAGAUCUAAUGAUAAUUUAAAAAGGGGAUUAUACUCUUGUUACUGAUAGUUUAGAGAGUCUUUGAAGUUCUCGGCAAGUUUUGCUUAGCUCUUUCGGUGUAAUGUUACAGACAAAAAGAAUGGGAUUCUUGGGAGAACGUACAUGUAUCACAAAUUCGAGGUAUCUUUGCACAGAGUUCCUUGAUUUUACAAUCUGGUUAAUUAUCAACUUUUACAAAAUAAUGAUAUCUGUACUCUGUAUAAGGAAGACUGCUUAGCUACUCUCUGAGAUACUGUCAUUUGUAUUUAACAAGAUCUGUCAACUUUUACAAAAUAAUAAUAUUUGAACUGUACUCUGUAUAAGACUGUUCAGCUACUCUAUGUUAGACUGUAAUCUGUAUUUAACCAGAUCUGUCAAGUCAAAAAAUUGAUUAACGUACAGUA